CGCGAGGGAGCGCGGGAAAUCCCGAGUGCAUCUGGAAUUCCGCGGGUCGCUGGGACCAUGGCCACUUCUUCGGUGUCCAAGGGAUGCUUUGUGUUUAAGCCAAACUUGAAGAAGAGAAAGAUCUCUGUGCCAGUAGAGAACUAUUUUAGUAAAGGGAAAAAUGAGUCUGAGGACAGUAAGCUUCGCUUUGAAACUUACCAGUUGAUGUGGCAGCAGAUGCAGUCUGAAACUGAGCGACUACAAGAGGAAUUAAAUAAAAACCUGUUUGACAGUCUAAUUGAAUUUCUGCAAAAGUCUCAUUAUGGGUUCCAGAAGAAUUCAAGAGACUGGGGCUAUCAAAUAAAACUCAGAGAAAUUCCAACUGCUGCUCUUGUUCUAGGUGUAAAUGUAACAGAUCAUGAUUUAACAUUCAGAAGUCUAACGGAAGUCCUUCAGCAUAGUGUCACUCCAUAUGUAGUCUCAUUGCAAGCUAAAGAUUGUCCAGAUAUGAAACAUUUUUUGCAAAAGCUGGCCUCGCAGUUGGUGGACUGCAAUGUAGACGUGCAGUCCAAAGAGAAAGAAAGUGUUCAGGUCACCCAGAAAAGGAUACACUAUUCAAUGGAUUCUCUUUCCACUUGGUAUAUGAAUGUCACACAGAAGACAAACCCAAAAAUGCCAAGAAAAAAGAGGACUUCUAGCCAGUGGCAGUCUCCUCCUGUUGUGCUUAUCUUAAAGGAUAUGGAAAGCUUUGCCACAAAAGUGCUGCAAGACUUUAUAAUUAUCAGCAGUCAACAUCUACAUGAAUUUCCACUAAUACUCAUUUUUGGAAUCGCCACAUCUCCUGUUGUCAUCCAUCGGUUGCUUCCUCAUGCAGUAUCAUCUCUAUUGUGUAUAGAACUAUUCCAGUCUUUGUCUUGCAAGGAGCACCUGACUACAGUACUUGAUAAGCUACUUCUUACAACUCAGUUUCCAUUUAAACUAAGUGAAAAAGUAUUGCAGAUUCUGACCAACAUCUUUUUGUAUCAUGAUUUCUCAAUUCAAAACUUUAUAAAAGGACUUCAGCUUUCUCUAUUAGAACAUUACUAUUCCCAGCCGCUCAGUGUUCUGUGCUGUAAUCUCCCAGAAGCCAAGAGAAGGAUAAACUUUUUAUCAGAUAAUCAAUGUGAAAACAUCCGACGUCUUUCAUCAUUUAGGAGGUAUGUGGAAAAUCAAGCUUCAGAAAAGCAAGUUGCACUGUUGACCAAUGAGAGAUUUUUGAAGGAGGAAACACAAUCAUUACUAGAAAACCUGCAUGUUUACCAUACGCAUUACUUCCUGAUUUUGAGAUGUCUUCAUCAGUUCACCUCUUCUCUUCCCAAGUACCCAUUGGGUCGACAGAUCAGAGAGCUGUACUGCACGUGUUUAGAAAAGAACAUAUGGGAUUCAGAUGAGUAUGCAUCAGCUUUGCAGCUGCUGAGGAUGUUGGCAAAGGAUGAACUGAUGACCAUGCUUCAGAAAUGUUUCAAGGUUUUUAAGUCCUCUUCUGAAAAGCAGCUUGGCAACACAGAAAAGAGAAUAGAGGAGUUCCUGGCCCAGUUUCAGAGCCUUGAUGCAGAAGCCAAAGAGGAAGAAGAUACUCCUGAGUCACAGUCAAAGGGGCUUCAGAAGACGGACCUCUAUCAUCUUCAGAAGUCCUUAUUGGAAAUGAAGGAGUUAAGAAGAGCAAGUAAGAGGCAGACCAAGUUUGAAGUCCUCAGAGAACAAGUUGUGAGCUUCAUUGACAGUCUGGUGAGAGAAUACCUCCUGCCUCCGGAGACACAGCCUCUGCACGAGGUGCUGUACUUCAGCGCUGCCCACACCCUUCGCCAGCACCUGAAUGCAGCCCCACGCAUCGCCCUCCAUACUGCACUCAACAACCCAUACUAUUACCUCAAGAAUGAAGCAUUGAGAAGUGAAGAAGGUUGCAUUCCAAAUGUCGCCCCAGACAUCUGCAUAGCAUAUAAACUGCACCUGGAGUGCAGCAGGCUAAUCAACCUUGUGGACUGGUCAGAGGCUUUUGCAACAGUUGUGACAGCUGCUGAAAAAGUGGAUGCAAAUUCUGUAACCUCAGAAGAAAGGAAUGAAAUUAUCCAGUAUCCUUUUAAAAGCAAUUCUGCAAUGUCCAAGCAAGCAUACAGAAUGGUGAGGCAAUCAGCAAUACUCCACGUCUGGUUAAUGUGAAGACACCAUCAACAUCUACAGUGCGAUUUCCUUGGCUUUCAAAUGGCGCAGAUAAGCAUCAGAAAAAUGCUUAUACUGUAAGGUGCAGAGGAACUGGCCUCACACAGACCAGCAGAUUUACAUCUGUCUGAGGCACCCUGAGUAGAAAUAGCUCUGCUUCCUUUUUCUUUUGCUAGGCACUGAGCUGAAUUCAACCAUGUCAUGCACUGAACCACUUUGAUUUUCCUUACUCUCUACUUAAAGAUUAGGUAAGACAGUAGCAGGAUGAAAACUGUUUUGUAGAUAUCCAAAAAAGCUAUAAAAUUAAAACAUGAAGCUCAUUUGUGGUAGCCAUUAAUGGAGCACAAAACCCUCAAACCAGCCUAUGAAGUGUCAGCUUAUGUCCAUUCCUUAAUACAGUAAAACCUUACAAAUGGGAUGUUCUGAUGCACUAAAUCUUGUGUUUAAUGAAAUACUAAUCUGAAAAGUUUGAAAAUUUCAAACUAUUGAAGUAGUUUCAAAUUUGUUCACAAAACAUUUAUUGAGCAUGUACCAUGCCCGGCACUGUUGCAAGCACUUGUGAUACUUCAGUGAGCACAGAUCUUUGCCCUCAUUGCAUUCUAGCAAAGGGAGUAGAAUAAUUAAUUAUAUCGUAUGUUACAGAAAAAAAAAAACAGCAAAAAAGCAGGAUGUCAUGCUGCAGUUUUAAACAGUGGUCAGAACAGGCCUGAGAUGACGUUGGAACAAAAAGAUUGAGCCAUGAUGUUUAAUGGGAGAAGUGCAUCGUGGACAGAGAACAGCAAUAACAAAGGUCCUAAGGGCAGCACGCAGGCAGCACGCAAGCAGCACGAGGAAGAGCAAAGGUGGCCAGUGUGGGACAUGCAGUAAGCAAGAGGGAAACUCAAAGUGAAUGAGGUGGGGUGGAGGGCAGGUAAGUUAUGGCCCUGCAGACCAGUAACAUUUAUAGAUAGGAAGCCAUCUAAGUAAAAGACCUUUAAAGGAUCACUGACUGUUACGAGAAUAGACUAGAAUAGGUGAGGAGACACAAAUGAGGCAAAACCAAGACCAAUCACUGAAAUCACCUGGGCGAGACACAAAUGUCUUCAACAAGCGUUAACAGUAGAAAUGGUGAGGUAAGGUCAAAUGUUGAUUAGAUUUAGCGAUGUGGAAAAAUUGGUGACUGAGUGGUUGAAUAGUGAAGACAAAGUCGGGUAGUAGGUAUCACCGAUCAGAUGACCUAAUUAAGUGUCCAAACAUCACUAGGCCUGGGAAAGCCAUACUUUGUGUGAUAUAAUAUGGAGAUCAUAGCAUCAUCUUAUACUCUUACACAAAAGGUUUAACCUGAAACUAAUGAAUGCUGUAGACCUAACUUCAAGUUUACAGUAAGUUCAAAGGGAUAGAAGAGUUUAAAGACAUGAAUUAAUGACAAAGAAACAUUCAAUAACACAACAGGCCUAAUUGGAACAGAAAGUCAGAAUCUUGAUUGAAUUCUGCUUUGGGGAGAAAAAAAGCUGCAAAAGACAUUUUGAGGACAAAUGGGAAAAUCUGAGUAUGGAUUAGAUGUUAAAUAAGCAAAGCAUUAGUUUAAGUGUGAUAACGGUACUGAAGUUAUGCCUAAGAACCCCCUUUUUCUUAGGAGUUGCAUCAUGUAUACAUUCUUUGAAGCAUAUAAAGCAAAUAUGGCAAAAUAAUUGUUCCCUCUAAGUAGAUCGUUGGACUACUCUUUCAGCUUUUAUGUUUUGAUUUUUUCCUAAUAAAAUUUGGUGACGGAUUGUAAGUUCAGAAAAUUUUUAAGUUUUGCUUUAAAGGUUAUAGAACAAAAAUAAAUAUAGGUAAUAGCUAGCGAGGGAUUAUAGGAUUAAAAGACUUUUAAUAGCAUGUUUAUUACGCUUAUGGGAAUGAUCUAGUAGAAAGAAAAUGGAUGCAGGAGAGUACUGCUGGCUCUGUCUUCGAAUGAGCUAAUGCUGCUCACCUAGGAGCAGAGAACUGCUGGAGCCCUGUCUGUGAGGAGACAGGGACAGACUCAUUAGGUGCUUGAGCAAGACAUUCACUUAUUAACACCAGUUACUGUGUAAUUUUGAAGUAAGGGAGUAAAGAGAACCCAAAUAAGGCAAAUAUCGUGCAGUCAUUUCCACCCCUAGCUGCUUGGAUCAGCCAGGGAGCAUAUUUAUCAGAUUCCAGCAGUCCUCCUCUCCCCGCAGUCUUCUAAAGCAGUCUCUGGGGUAGAACCUGCGAAGGCACUCCAGUUAAUAUUGCUGAUGCAAUAAAUGUCUCAUUUGGAAACCAUUUUCUUUAGGGAUAUAAGUUCUUGCCAUAGGCCAUAGCUAGCUUUUAAACCAACAAUCUUUAUUUUUUUUUUCAGAUUGCCUGUGCCUAUUUUUCCUAAUACAAAGAACAAUACUUGGUGACGUGCCCUUGUUAAGUGACUUACUGAAUACAUUACAGUAACCUGAGUACAGCACCACACCAGCACUGCCUUUUACUAUAAAAGAUGACUGCUAGCACACUAAGUUCUAUGGAUACUUAGUUACUAGAAACAAUUUCAGGGUUCUUUGGGAACUCAAAGUGCAGCUGAUAUUGCACUAAUCACCACUUACUGGGUCUGUCUAAAUCUUGGCUUAACUAAUUCCAAGAAGUUGCCCACAUUUUUUAUUUUCUGAAAUUACCUCACAUACUUAAAAUCAGUAAGCAGCCUAUAAGCUAGGAAUUUUUGUAAGGUGGGUAAGCAAAAAUGUGGCUGUGGAGGAAAUUUUGUUCUUCAUCAAAGUUUAAUCUAGAAUUAAAACACUACUUGUGGCUCCACUCAGAUUGCCAGCACUGAUUUUCCUUUUAGCAUAUCUUGCCCUCUAAAUAUAAAAACCAGCUUUUAUAAUAAAUUUAAAUCUACAUAAAAAUUCACACACGCUUAUUAUGUAAAAGAAUGUUCAUCGUUUUGGGGUGAAGAAGGGAUAAAGCAUGUGCACAUUCACUCUCCCCCCCCACUCCUCCAUGUUUUAGUUUCCUGCUUGCAUUCUAAAGUGCUAUCCCACUAUACCAGUGGUUCUCGACUGGGGACUGUUUUCUUCCCCGACCCCGACAUCUGUCAGUAUCUGGAGGCAGAUUUUUUGGUUGCCACAACUGGGGGUGGGUGCUACUGGCAUCUAGUGGUAGAGACCAGAGGUGCUGCUAAACAUCCUGCAAUGCACUGGAUAGUCUCCCCACAACAAUGAAUGAAUCUGGCCUAAAUUUAAUAAUGCUGAGGUUGGGAAUCGAGCCCAUUAAAACCAGGUAGAAUUGUCCACCUUACUUAUGACCACCUGCACUAUACCAGUGUUUCUCAAGCACUUAAUGGGCAUAUGAAUUACCUGAGGAUCUUGUGAAAGCCCUAUACCACUUUUUGGCCUUGUUUUUAAACAAAGAAUUGGUAAAUUAUGAUCACUACAGUUAAAAAGGAAAAAAACCCUUUUUGUGUCUUCCACUAAUUAGGUCAAUAAUAAAUAUUAAUGUCCCAGUAUGUUUAUGACUUAAUUAGUAGAGAUAUGCUAAUAGAAUUUAACAAAAGAAUUCACUGAAGCAUUGUUUGCUCACUUCAUUAUAAGAAAGCUGUGUCUGCAAAGCAUGUAUGCAAAGGGCAUUAGAUGUGCUGAAUCAUCCUUUCAUAUACUGUCCUUUGAAAAAGGUAAAAACUCUACAGUUGUUAAAACUGACUUAUUUAACCUGUCAUGCAGUCAGAAGAGAAAACACUUUGGAAUCAAAACUCAGUUUGUGAAAAUAGCACUCAGAUCUUAGAUUUGGAACGUGAAAAGACUGAUUUUGAAAUCCUAUCAGAAAAUUAACUUCAUUGAUUCCUGGAAAAUGCUUUACAUUUAAAACACUGGCUUUAUUCAAAUACUACCCAUCUGUACAUUAAAAACAAGCAGAUUAGAAGUAAAUGUUUUAUUCUUCCAACUAAAUUCCAGUACUACAAGGGCAGUAAAACAAUGAUACACUGGAGAAAAAAAAAAAUGCAGCAAUAAACAUUUGUUAAAAAGACUGAUAGAAUAAAUAAAAACUACAAAAAAAAGGGGGGGGGAAAUCAUAUAAACCCAUUCUGAAACCCCAAGAAGUCCUGGAAUACAGAAAUGCCCUCCUCCUUCACUAUUUCACAGGAAGCACUGUAGGCUAUU